AUCGAGAUUGACAUUGAGCCCAAUGACAAGAUCACUCGUAUCAAGGAGCGUGUCGAGGAGAAGGAAGGUAUCCCUCCAGCACAGCAGCGUUUGAUUUUCGGAGGAAAGCAGAUGGGUGAUGACCGCUUGGCUUCCGACUAUAAUAUUGAAGGUGGUUCAGUCCUUCAUUUGGUCCUUGCUCUUCGUGGAGGCUGCUAG